AUGCCGACCGACGCGGCGCUCUUCGAGGAGGUGGUAGCUCUGCUGGACCCGAAUACUACGGUGCCUCUGGCGAGGUCUCUCUCGAUAGAAGGCAGGGGCGGCCGGCCCUCUCACCCCAGCCAGUUAUCAACAACAACAGGGCGACUACUAUUCACCGACUCGCGGGCGUUCAGCGCCAUCACGCCGCAAAGACAAGCACUGAAGCAUAAUAUUCGGGAGGAGAAGGAGGCGAUCCGCAAGCGCCAGUAUCAUCAACGCGUCAAGAUCGAGCGGGAUUCCUUGCGUCAAACGGCGAAGGAGUUAACUAGGAAGCUUCGAGAGCUACAGCAGAGCAAAUGUCCUCAACAACACGGCUCAGGCCCCCAGAGUUCGUUAUCGUGGAGUGGUUUAGCCGAGUACCAGCGUGAUCAACGAAAGAAAGCGGAGGAGGAGCAGACUCGUUUAUUCGCCGCAGCAAAGAUGCAGGCUGUGUACAUCGGGCAACUCUGCGAACGACUGCCCGGCAACUCCAACCUGAGGACUCCAUCUCAUCGUGAUGGCCCAUCGCGCGGUGGUGGUUCAGCGUCGAAGAAGCCCGCAGUCGAAUCAUAG